UCUCCCUCUCUCCAGCUCCAGCUUUAUGUCUGUGAGGGCUUCCCAGCGCUCAGUGGGGAUAUUUCAUCGAUGCUCUCCACCUAAUGUGACAAUUUCAUACAACUGCUAGAAAGACCGGCUGAAGCAAUGGGAGCUUUUGGAGUGUUAGUGGGGAUAUUACAGUACGCGGGACUUUACAUUCAACUUAACGCAGCUCUAAACGUCGGGCACGGCGAGGUGGACAAUCACAUCUCUGGGAAUGCUCUUUUCACAGAGGUGCCACACGACAUCACGACGCAGAGCGGUGAGGAUGUAGAGAUGGCUUGUUCCUUCCGUGGGGCGGGCUCGCCCUCCUACUCCCUGGAGAUCCAGUGGUGGUACAUCAAGGACCACAGAAACUGGCAAAAGAAGUCAGCCCAGAUCACCAAUUAUGUUGUACCCCUGGAGGAGACGUCCAAAGAUGCCACCAAAAUUAGUGUGGUAAAAGUGGCCGGCAGCAACAUCUCCCACAAGCUCCGUCUCUCCAGCAUCAAGCCAUCAGACGAAGGCACAUAUGAGUGUCGUGUCAUCGACUUCAGUGGCACCGUGGCCCAGCACCACCGGGUUUCUGCCUACCUCCAUGUGGAGCCAGAGAGGAGUCAGGGGCUGGAUAACGUCCGGCUGCAGGAGCCAGGUAACCGGCCGCAGAGGCACCACCCGCACCCCCACCACGAGACAGAGGGCAGGGAACUGAAGAGGAGAUCAGCUGGCAGCAACACUGACUGUAAUGAGAGCUGUGUGCUUUAGACCUGGCGGCCUGUCUGCCUGUCUUAUCUGUCUGUCUGCAUGGUCAUGACUUAUCUCUGACGAGGGACGGUCAUCAACACACAUGUCACCACAGAGCCGAGGUGUCGAUCUUAAAUGGACCCUUUGUGUUUCAUGGAUUCAUUUGUCUUUGUCUUUAAUAUUGUUAUUUGGAUGCCAAUGCUGUUGAAUGCCAA